UUCAAUCGUGUCCAGGGGCCACCGGAGUAAAAGUAAAUACAACUCAGAUUGAAAAUGAGCCCACAUCUCAGAUCCGGCUGAGAUUUUCUAUAAAACACUCAUGUCCGAAUUCUCCAAGCAGCUUAAAGAUCCAAAGCUCCGUCCUUUCAGAAACUCCUAGAAAAAAAUUAUCACCGCUGCCAGACUUCGCGGCCAGGACUCGAUCCCGUGUCCUGCUAUUCAAAAAGCCCUCCCCUGCAGUCUCAGUGUUGGCCUUCAAUGGCCCAAACGGAGGCAACGGAACAGUCGACAUGAAGUCCAUGACCGAGCAGACGGAGCGCCGACUGUUAGCCCUGAAACGAGCUCUGACCUUACCUGAACAAGAUAAAAAGCGCGGGCAGAGGGGUUUACGCGUGGCUUACCAUGGCAUUCCGGGAGCGUACAGCGAAGAGGCGGCCGUGGCGGUUCACCCGGGCUGCCAGGGCCUUCCUUGCCACACAUUCGACACGGCCGUCCAGUCUGUAGCGAGGAGGGUUGCGGACCGCGCAAUUCUGCCCGUGGAAAGCACAGCGGAGGGCAGCAUCCACCCAAAUUACGACCUCCUUCUGGACUACAGCCUCCAGAUCGUGGGGGAAAUCCAGGACCCGGUUCGUUACUGACUGCUGGCCUUGCCGGGCGUUGCACGGGAAGAGAUAAAGCGCGUGAUGAGCCAUCCCUUAGCCUUGUCCCACUGUAGGAAAACCCUAACCAGAUUAGGGCUCCCGAAUAUCUCGAAGCAGACCACGGAGGACACGGCGGGCGCCGCGGACGGGCUUCGCGACACGGGCGCCAUAGCGAGCACCCGGGCCGCGGAGAUUUACGGAUUGCGCGUUUUGGCCCGAUGUAUCGAGGACGAAUCCUGCCAUUUCACCCGCUUUCUUGUUCUGGCCCGUGAGCCGGUCGUUCCACCCGCGGACCGGCCGUGCAAGACUUCAAUCGUGGUGGUCCAUGAUGGGGACCUCGGUGUUCUCUUCAGGCUUCUCUCCGCUUUCUCGUUUCGUGACAUUAAUCUGACAAAGCUGGAGAGCAGCCCCAAGUGAAAUUUGCCCCGCCAUGGAUCGGGGCUUGUGAAGGAUUUUCAGUAUGUGUUUUACAUAGACUUUGAGGCCUCGGUUUGUGACAAGCGCGUUCAGAACGCCUUAACGGAGCUCAGCGAGUUCGCCACGUUUAUGAUGGUUCUCGGAAGUUAUCCUGUGGAUGCCUCUGCAAGACUCUGAUCAGUAGCUUGUUGGGGUUUACACGUAGUAUGUACGUCCAGGCAAUACUACUUGUAUAUAUAGAUAUAAA